AUGCAAAAAAUCCUCCGCAUCAACAUCCAACAACAAAAGCAAAACCUCAAAGCCCAAGUCCGCGUCGCCGAGCGCGAGAUCAAGGGCGACAUCUCCAAAUACGUCGAGCGCAACCGCGAGAUCAUCUCCCUCCGCGCGCAGCUCGAAAAGCAGGAACGCAAGCACCGCCGCGAAGACUGGUUCGCCGGUCCCUUGGCGCCCGACCGCAACAAUGGUCUCGAGAAGGGCAAGCUGGGUGGGUUGGACAGUAACUGGAGAGAGGUGAUGAAGGGGAAGCCGGAGAGCAUGUUCAGGGAGAAGGAUCGGCCGAAGCAUGGGAAUAAGGGGAAUAUUGUGGAGGGGGAUCGGGUGGUGGUGAUUGAGGGAGUGGAUAAGGGGAAGAUUGGGGAGGUGGAGGAGGUGAAUGAGGAGGAAGACACUGUUACGUUGAAGGGAGUUGCUAUGGCCGACAUAAUAACCCCCGCAAUAGCCCGCCCCUCCCUCCUCCAAAACCCCCCUUGUGCCCCAAGCCCUCCCCAUCCCCCUCUCCUCCAUCCGCCUCGUCACAAAAAUGUACGACCAAACAACCCGCACCUUCAAAGACUGCAUCAUCCGCUUCUCACCAAACGCCGCGCCCGCAGCGCGCCCCCACCACACACCAACCUCCCUCCCCGCCUCCCCGGCAGCAGCCUCCCCCCACACGACCGCUUCAUCACGGGCACGAACAUCCGUGUCGACUGGCCCGCCGAAGAGCGCUCCGAGGGGAUAGUGGAGGACGGGGAUACACGACGAGAAGUGCUGGAUGCGUAUACGUAUAAUCCUGGGUUUUAUGUUAACGCUGAGACCGGGGAGGCGCCGGAGCCGUUGCCGCAUCCAGACAUAAUUGAGGAGAUUUUCAAGCCGAGGAGGUUGGGUGGUGGGAGGACGCAGCAUGAUGUGGAUUAUGUGGCAAGGAAGAUUAUUGAGGAUGCAAGGAGCGCGUGGUAUAGAGGGAGGAGGCUGGUUGGGCCGGGGCAGGAGGCUUGGGAGGCUGAAGUGCUGCAGAGGAAAAGUGCGUUUGGGAAAGCGGUGAAGGAGGAUGAGGAGUGGAGGGCGGCGGAGUCGGAGAGGAUAAGGGCGGAGAAAGGGGAUUUGAGUGUUGGUGAGGCGAAGGGGGAUGAUGUGUCCGUCGAGGAGUUGUUGCCGGAUGGGGACACUGCUGUGCCGUUUGACGGGCGCAUCCGACGUGUCGGGCGUGUUGUUCGGCGCGUUUCGGGCGUUGGACGCGUUGAGGGCGUUCGGCGCGUUGAAGUGGAACAGAUGGUGACGGCUGACGAUAGUGCUGGACCGACCGAGCGUGUAACAGUGUAG